AUGGCGGCCCUUGAUAAACUAAUCAGGCGUCGAGCCUACGUGAAAGGGCGUAUCACCUCGAUAUCAAAUUGGGCAAGUUCGUUUGAUGCAUCGACGAAUAAGGCUUCCGAAAUUACGGCUAUGUUGAACGCGUUGGAACGCUAUCGCGUAGACUUCGCGCAGCUGCAGGAUCAAAUCGAAGAUUGCGUAGGUAUAUCGCCGGACGAACAAGAAUGGGAGAGAGGGGAACACGAAGACAGUAUCGUACGAAUAGAAGCUCGUCUCCGUGAUUUGCAACUAAGUGUCACGGAGGCCGGUCAGGCCACAAUCGGGAAUGAUACGACCAUGGUAACCUCAAAUUCACGUGCGGCCUCUAUGGAUCUUAGUACAUACGCUACGAUAAAACUACCUGAAAUCAAGAUUACAACAUUCGAUGGAGAAUGGGAAAAUUGGCUCAGCUUUAAGAACGUCUUCACUGAGCUCAUCCAUAAUAACCAGCAGCUAACGGAUGCUCAGCGUUUCUAUUAUUUACAAUCUUAUGUCAUUGCAGGUUCCGCCAAACAGUAUAUAGACUUGCCACUCACAGCGGAAAAUUAUUCAAUCGCUUGGAAACAACUCCGGGAUCAUUUUGACAACGAGUCAAGAAUCGUCAAGAAACACGUCAAGGGACUGUACGAAUUGAAGAAAUGCCAGGAAGACUCGGCACCAUCGCUUCAAACAUUAAUCGACGGCAUAUGGAAGAACUUUCACGCUCUAAAGGCGCUAAGGCAGCCCGUUGAUCAGUGGGAUGCAUUGCUAACGCAUCUCAUCCUGACAAAACUAGACGCAAGGUCGAGAGGCGAGGUAGAAAAGGCAGCGCCUUCCGACAGGCUGCAGACAUUCACGGAAUUGAUGACGGUACUGGCCGACCGCGUCAGAAUUCUCGAAGCCGUGUCGUCUGUGGAACCGAACAAGGCUAAAUCAAAGGUCGAUAAGUCAAGUAAGUCGUUAGUAGCAAUGAAUGCAUUGCCAUGUUCCAUAUGCAAGGGUGAGCAUGCUAUAUUCAGAUGUAAGUCGUUUUUGGAUAUGACUCCUCAAUUGAGGUUAGAAACCGUUCGCAAGCGUUCCCUGUGCUAUAAUUGUCUCACGUCUGCGCAUACCAAACAGGAUUGCAAGGCAGGGAAUUGUCGAAUCUGCCAUAAGCGUCAUCAUACGCUGUUACACUUAAAAACUAGUGCUAGCGUUAAUCAGUCUACUCCACAGGCAUCUAACGUUACUACCUCCUCCACGGAAACUGUUGCGUCGAAUGCUGGUCAGGAAAUUAAAACACAGCCCACAACGGCGUGCAGUCUGCAUGUCAAUUACGAUGUUAAGCCAGGCCCGGUUCUAUUGGCGUCCGCUAUUGUUAAGAUUCACGACAGUUGCGGACGAGAGUACCUAGCGCGGGCCUUAUUAGAUGGUGGUUCGCAGUUUAGCUUCAUGACGGAGCGUUUACGUCAACUCCUGCAAUUAAGGGGAAAACGGGGACGCUUUGAUGUGACGGGUAUCAACUGCACGAGGACAGCAACUAACACCUCCGUGCAUGCAACUAUCAGGUCUCGUCUGUCGAACUUUACAGCUUCCUCCGAGUUUCUGAUCACUGACAAGAUCACGGGUGAUCUACCACAGCAAGAAAUUACGGUCUUGAAGAUAUCUAACCACAUGCAACUGGCGGAUCCUCACUUCAAUGUGCCGAACCGGGUUGAUAUCCUCAUCGGCGCAGAUAUCUUUUGGGAGUUGCUUACUG